AUGUCUUCAAUUGCACGCCCUCCAGACCCUUGUCUCGUGGCCAUCAUCCUCAUCGUCCGCUCGCGCGCCGGCCCUCGCUUCGUCUUCCACUACCCGCCUAACCCGCUCGUCGAGAACGGCCUCCGACCAUCCCACAAGGGACGCCGUAUCUCGCGCUCCAAAAGCGCCCAGACAGCCCGAAGCAAUGACUCCAGCGAAAGCGACGCGAGCGGGUCGACGUCCGACGAAGACGAAGAGGAUGUCCCCAACAAUCAGAGUCAGAACUCCACGCAGACACACCUAGCGGUGAGCGCGACCUCCACCCGACGGGGGAGCGCCUUUGGGCUCGAGGACCGUGCGUCCGUGUCCGCCUCACCGGUGAGGGACUCGCAUCGACCGAGCUCGAUCGGCUCCGGGAGGGCGCUGCGGAAACGGGGGGAGAACUCCGAUGCUGAGGACGCAGGCGCUCUCUCGGACAGACCGGACGAGAAACCAUCUGCGGGUGGCGGCGGAGGAGCAGCUGGGGAGGUACCGUCGCACAUGCCCUGGGAGUCGCUGCUGGGGCUUCCCGCAGAGGUGUGGGAGAAGCUGCUCAGUCCGUCGCGGACGUGGCAUAAACGGCGGUUUGAGGUCGGGGUCAACGACCUGGCGUUUGUGGGGUGGCCGGUCUUUGUCCGGGAGGAUGGCAAUUGGCGGAAAGAGAGGCGGAAGAAGAAGGACAAGAAACCGCAUCCCGAGUGGGAGGGUGGUGAAAUCGGACACAACGAGAAUGGGGACGAUGUCGCAGAUGAUGGUACCAAGACCAUGGCUGCCUCGACGGAGACGCUGAGCCCGCACCCGAUGACGGCGUCGGAGAGCCAGCGCGCGUCGGUGUCGAGCCUUCUGUCGCAGAAGGCGCCCAGUGAGGUUGUAGAUGAGGAUACUAAGGACUCCAUGACCAUGUUCAACGUGGUGUUCGUGCUAGACCCCCCGCUGCUGGAGUACUCCGUCCGAGUUCGCGAGAUCUAUGACAAUAUCAUCAAGAAGUUCGCCAAAGCGCUGAAGUGGGAGCAGGCACGAACUGAUUACGUUUGGAACGAAGCGCAGCUUAUCUCGCACCUGAAGGAGAAGGCCAAGGAAAAUAGGACGUCUGUCGGUGCCCUUUACGCCGACCUCAUAGCCCAGUCAUCGCUCGCGCGGGCGAUCUACACCGUCUACUCCAGCAUCUCGGCGUCGAAGAUCGCCUCGGUCGCGCUCAGCCCCGAUGUGUCCAUUUCCCUUCAGAUACCGCCGCUGACCUCAACGCCCUAUCUGGCCUGUCCGACGGACAAGGCGUACCCGGGCCUCUGGCUGACCACCGCCGAUAGCGUUACUCCGACGGACGAUCCAACGGCAGACGAGAAUAGCGCACCGCACCAGGUCCCGGCGAAGCAUUUUGCCUUGUUACUUCUCGACAACGAAGCGUCGAUCCUUAAGGAUGUCGAGGCAUCAGGAGGCGCCCUUGCUCCGGCACUGGCCCACUAUAUCCGAUGCUCGAAGCCCACCAAGUCGUUUGCCCAGAUCUCCGCCACAUCCGGAAUACCGCUCUCCACAAUCCAGUCCUUAGCCAGCCACCUAGUUUACUGGCGACGCGCGCGUGCCAUCCCGCCGCUCCACCAGCGCGAUACCUACAUUGUGUCGCCCAACUGUGAUCUGAGCAAACUGGAGGUCGCGACAGCCGCCUAUUCCCUGGCAUUCCCAACCCUUCCCAGCCUGCCCAAAAUGCUGUCCGCGUUGAGUGGCACCCCGCGGGCAUACGGGAGCUUCAUCCCGAGCAAAGACCACAAGGACACGUACUUUUCCAUCCUCGCCUGGCUCCUGCGCGGCGGAUGGGUUACCCAGCUGCGCUCAUUCGCGCGUGUCAAAGUCUCUCCCGAGAUCAAGUUGGCCGUCGAAACGGCGCUUCGACGAGAGGAGGUAGACAAGUACCUACGAAAGGUCGACCGCGAACGAAACAGCGCCAAGCCCGAUGACGACGACGUCGCCAACGAGGAUUUCGACGACAACGUCUCCUCGUCAUCAUCCUCACUAGACAGCCACGGCAGCGGCGACGAGACACCCAUGCCGGGCCGACGGCGAGCCGACCACGAGCUAGACGCAUCGCGGUCCCUCGUCGACCGCAACGCCUCGCUCCAGACCUCAUCUCUAAUUCUAUACCCACACCGCGCCUCGCCUCUCGAAUCGCGCUGGCUCGACGAGAUCGUAUCCCAGUUCCCGGAGCGCCCGGGGCGGUCGAACGGGGCAGCAGCCGACACCGGAGACGGCGAGUACGCGGGACUGCGGCAGCCGCUCAAGAAACACUGGCCGACUUUCUCCAAGUACUUCAACGGGUUUGAUGCGCUGGAGAAGAUCCCGAUCCGGGAGGGGCUGAAGCGAAAAAUGGUGUGGCAGAUCCUGACGCGGUUGGGCUUGUUGACGGGGCCGCAGUCGACUGUGGAGGUUGAUCCAAGGGAACAGGUUCUGGUUACUAUGAGGCAUUGGUAA